AGGACAAGCGGGAGAGCCGUAAAGUGUGGUGUUUUGGACUGGAGGAGGUCAUUAGAAAGUGAGGGGUAGGUACGGGCCGGCUGCUGAGGCACAGAGACUUUAGGUACCAGCGUAUCUCUGAUGCCGGAGUAAGAUAAAUACAUUAUUCAACAGCCUCGUGUAGUGUUUCAACCGCUGCGAAAUGCUUCGUCUCAUCCUGCGGCUCAGGCCGUCCGCCGGGCUCUCCUGUCCCCGUGCCCUCCCGACUGGGCCUGCUGCGCUCAGCUCUCGCUCCGUUCCCGGAACCGGCCGUCUGAGGCGGCUUCACUGCGGAGCGGGGUCCCGGGCGCUGUGCUUGUCCACCAGCCUGAACCACAGAGCGACCCUGCUGCGGUGUCCCCAGCUGGCAGGCAGCGGUCAGAGCACGCGCUUCUACAGCCUGCCGCCGCACCAGAAGGUAACGUUUCCUGACCGGUUGCUAUAGCACCAACGUUAAAGGCACAGCUAGCAUGACCUCCCCUAGCUAGCAUCAGGUAGCACUGACAUGUACCAAGCCUACACUGCCACGCCUUCAAAGGUUAAAUCCAGCUUUGGCAGGCGUUUUAGACCGCAAAUUAAACCUUACAAAAGUUUCCAGCAAUAAAAGUCAACAGAAAACUGUCAGUUUCCUGUCAUAACAUGUUAACGCCGAAGGCUUUCAAGUAACGGGCUACAUCUGUCAUAAGAUGUCAAAGUAAAACCCCCAGUCUCAAGAAAACAGCGUCUUCAGAGUCAGUUAAAUUUACUGUCGAUAUUUCCCUACAUUUCUAUUUAAUUGUUGAAUCUAUUCCGUACAGCUCAGGGAUGUGUCUUUGCUGUUUGUAGGUCGGAAGUUCAGCUGUGGAAGUGUUGGUGGUUUCACCUUCAUAUUAGGGCUGGGUGAUAUGGGGAAAAAUUUAUCGCAAUAUAUAUUUUUUCAUAUCAGUCAAUAUUGAUAUAUAUCACAAUAUAAAAAAUGAAAUUUAACUGUGUGUAUUGUCUUUUUCAAAACAAUAAGCUACUGCAUCUGUGAGGUCUUUGUGUCUCUUCAACAUUUUGUCGUAAGGCGUUGUGUUAGAGAAAGUGGCUGUUUUGGCUGUUUUGGGCUCCUUACUCCGCUCGGGGUUUGUAACCUUUUGCGUUACGCGUGGUCUGCCGUGUGGCACUGCUUCAGGUGAUGAAAAAGAUUUGAGGUAUUUCCCGGCUGUGCGAGAAAAUGUACUCGAUAUAAUUUGCAGUGCACAUUACUCUGCUUCAUGUCCAACCUAAAAAAAAACAAAAUACCUCCACACCACCAACGUUUUUGUGCCAGUGUUGUUGAAGAUGUCAUCAUCUGUGGAGCCUUUACUGCAUUUCUGCCGGGCGUAGCACUCAUUUUCUUUUUUCCUCACUGACAGUGCUGUUGGCUUCACGUGUUAAAAUGCUAUGGCCCCCUUUUCAUUGGCUAUUUGUAUAGUCUACCAAAACAUGUCAGAAUGCCGCCUAUUGAAAAGCACGUUGACCAUGUUUUAUAUUGAUAUUGAGCGGAAUAAAUUUUCGAUAUAUUUCGUUAUCAUUUUAUCGCCCAGCCCUACCUCAUAUCAUGGCCAGUGUGUCAAACAAAAAGGUGCAUUGCAAAAAAAUAAGAAAGAAGAAAAUACAAGCCAUAAUCUACACCCUCAUUCCAAAUCCAGACUUGGGUGUGUCAAUCUAAUUAUCAUUAUGCAUUCCACAGAGAAGGUACAAUGCUUCAGCAAAUACACAUGAAGCUUAAGGUCAUUUCACAUUUGGCAUUCCUCAGCUUUGAUAUCCUUUAACUAUGUCCAAUAAACCCCAUAUACUGUUAUUUUAAACAGACUAUGAACAUGUAGUAUGUAACACAAUGCCUGGUUGAAAUAAAGUAUCAGCUGCAGGUGUGCUGUAUCUCAGGACCCCUCUCCAAAAUUGAGCGGGCCCCUUGAGGCACUGACAGCGCAUGUUUGUCUGCUAUCAGAUGUAAUAUGACCUCAAACAAAAAAGAUGUGGUGAAAUGCAGUUGUAUGCGGGUCAUUUGUUGAUUUAAGGAAUGAGGUGAUGAUGAUGUAGUAACUGCGGUGACAACACCUGAUAGUUACCACUAUUUGCAAAGCCCCAUCAUGAGGCUUCAGUGAUGAUACUUUGGAAGUAAUUGUGGCGAACUUUAAUCAAAUACUCUUUCUCAUCUAUGUGUCUGUCACAUGACCUCAGUGCUGUAUUUUGUUUUGGUCAGGUGGAACUUCCUGCGCUGUCACCCACCAUGCAGACAGGAACGAUCGCUCGCUGGGAGAAGAAGGAAGGGGAUAAAAUCGGCGAGGGUGACCUUAUAGCUGAAGUGAGGGGCCAUAGUUGUGAAUCCAUUAUACUGUAGAGAUUCUUCACAACACACUUCUUAAAACAUGUUUCUGCCUUCUGUAGGUGGAGACUGACAAAGCAACUGUAGGAUUUGAGAUGCUGGAGGAGUGCUAUCUUGCAAAGAUCCUGGUUCCUGAAGGGACCAGAGAUGUUACUGUUGGAGCAGUAAUCUGCAUCACAGUAGACAGGUGAAAACUGCUUUUUCAUAGUUGUGCUCUCAGUAAUUCAUUUACAACAUAUUGUUCUCAUUUUGUUUGGUUUUAUUGGAUAUGUUUUAUUUCCCCCCUGCAGCCCUGACCUCAUCCCUGCUUUUAAGGACGUCACGUUGGACUCUCUUAAAUCAGCAGGUGCAGCUCCCUCACCAGCUGCCUCUGCUCCUCCUCCACCUCCACCUCCUUCUGCUGCUGCCGCUCCCCCUGCCGCCCCUGGCAGCUCUUACCCUACACACAUGAAGGUAGGCAUGUUCUUCCAUAAACACACAACAGUUAGGUGCAGAGUUGUUGCAGAGUUGAGUUUUGUAGGGGCGUGUUUGCAGACACAGAGGCUCGUAGCCACACCUACAGUUUUAUCAGGGUUGUUUAGUCUGAUGAUUUGCUUUUACAAGGUCACGGUGUGUGUCACAGGAAAAGAGUUAUUUGGUGACAUUGUAGCUUUGUGUGUGACUUUACAACCAAAGUUAUCUUCAAAGUUUAAAGACUACUUAGAAGAAUCUUCUCAAAUCUAACUGCUAAGUGAAGACCACCAGAGAACAAGCUGGACAGCACCAAAUUUGUUCAAGGAUUGUCUGAUUUUCUUGCAGCCAUAACAGAUUUGGGGCUGUAGAGAUUCAACUCAUUUUUGGUUUGUAUUUGUGUGUGUGUAUGUGUGUGUUACAGAUCACACUUCCUGCCCUCUCACCCACUAUGACCAUGGGGACAGUGCAGCGCUGGGAGAAGAAGGUGGGAGAGAAGCUGAGUGAAGGAGAUUUGCUGGCAGAGAUUGAGACAGACAAGGCAACCAUUGGUACAGACUGUCUCUGACACCUCAGUACCAAAAAUAAAAUCAGAUGAUGAUAUUAAUGUUAUGUCAUUUUGGAUUUGGCAGAUUUGUUUUUAUGUAUUAUGGGAUGUGUGAUGUGUACCAGCUCUCUGUAUUACAUACAGAUGCAUAGUUCACUUUGUUCAACCGGCUCCUCAUCUGUAUUUGGUCGCAGGCUUUGAGGUGCAGGAGGAGGGAUAUCUUGCCAAAAUCAUGGUGGCAGAGGGAACUCGGGAUGUUCCACUAGGAACACCACUCUGCAUUAUUGUAGAGAAAGAAAGUGACAUCGCUGCCUUCAAGGAUUAUGUGGAAACUGGAGUGGCAGAGGUUUCCACACCACCUCCAGCCCCAGCUCCCACCCCAGUAAGAUGCCAUUGAGACUUACCUCCAAAUAUAAGCUGACGUUUGACCCUGUUCUACAAAUGUGAUGGGAAUCUUUUAUUUUUAUUUAUUUAUUUUUUCUUCAAUAUUACAGGUUGCAGCUCCGGCAGCACCCACACCUGCACCCACAGCCGCUGCUCCAGCAGCACCCAGGAAGGGUCGUGUGUUUGCAAGCCCACUCGCCAAAAAACUUGCUGCUGAGAAAGGGAUUGACUUGGCACAGGUUGCCGGUGAGUAACCAAGAUAGAAGUCACUAUGAAAAAGUUAGGUUGUGUGAUAUUCUACAGCCAGAGUCAGGGAAUAAAAUGACUUAACAUUUGUUUGUUUUACCUGUCCAGGCUCUGGUCCUGAUGGGCGCAUCACCAGGAAAGAUAUCGACAGCUUUGUCCCACCAAAGGUUGAACCUGUAAGUGAAAAUGAAGAAUCACUAUUCUAUCCAUUUGGAAUGUUAGAUAAGGGUCACAAGUACAGAUUCCAGAACUAAUUUUUUUUGGCCUUUGCAAGUUUCUUACAUUCCUGUGAAUUUGGACUGUAGGACAUCCAAACUGAAGAAUGAGGAGACCUUGAAUGAAAUUUCAACUUUGUCCAGAUAAACUGAAUACAAUACCUUAAAAAGUUAACUCUUACAUUGUGGCAAAUAUUGUCUCCAUUUUGGUAUUUACUUUCAAGCGCUUCUAAAAAUUCUGAUUUUUUCCUCUGCUAUUCAAUUUGAAUGUAAAGAAAAUGAUUUCUGUUGGCAGGCGGUCACUGCUGCUCCUACUCCUGCUGCAGCCCCGGCCCCAGGUGUUCCUGCACCUGCUGCAGUUCCAGCUGCACCAGCCGGCACCUUCACAGACAUCCCUAUUAGCAACAUCCGCAAGGUGAGCGUGCACACGCAUAUACCAGACCUCUGGUGGCCUCUUUUGCUGUUGGCAGAUGUAAUGUUCAAUACAGCCUCUCUGUGCUGGGUUUGGUGCUGAUGUGUUAAAAGAUGUGGGAAAAAUCUCUUAGCUGGAUUUUCACAGUGUAGUUUGUAGUUUGUUGUCUCUAACCUGAUGACAGUUUUAAGUUAUCGCACUGAUUUUGCCUGAAGAAAGGAACUCAGAAUUUAUCAGCACUAUUUUGGACCUCAUUUCUAUGAAGAACUCCGGAUCAAAGCUGAAAGUGCACGUUUGCGUCUUCUCUGCAGGUCAUCGCUCAGAGGUUGAUGCAGUCCAAGCAAACUAUCCCCCACUAUUAUCUGUCUAUAGAUGUUAACAUGGACCAAGUUCUCGAGCUUCGGAAAGAACUCAAUGCCGUGAGUUUCACUGUGUAGAUCAUAGCUGGAUCAGGUACAGUACAAUAUUUGGAUUAGAUCAUUCACAGUCUUUAAAAUCUCACGCCUCUCUGCAGGAAGUAAAGGCCCAGAAUAUCAAGCUCAGUGUGAACGACUUCAUUAUCAAAGCCAGCGCUCUGGCUUGCCUCAAGGUUCCUGAGUGCAACUCUUCCUGGUUAGACACGGUUAUCCGGCAGUAAGUAAACACACUCUGAGUGGAUUGUACAAUCACGUGUUAAUGUUGUUCCAUUACAAGAUACAAUUAAGUGUUGCUUUCUGAAAUUACUACAGCCCUGCUCUAAGAUUUGACCUUUUUAUGGCAUGCAAACUUUAACAGUUAAUCCUCCGUUGUCAUCUUCAAAAUCUGCUCAUCUACUACUUAAAUUACAACUUUAAAUUCAGGAAAAAAGCUUUAUGUUAUUUGUAUUUUCCCCCUCUGUGUAAGAUUAAGUUCUGUCAAAAUGUAGCUGCUCUCUUGUGCCAGCAGAUGGCACAAACAGCACAGAAAUCACCCCCUUUCUUCUCAGAUCAAAACAAAGUCACUUUUGCCACUUCAUGUGCUGUAAUUUGUAUUGACCUAUUUGAUCAUUUUUUCAGGAGCCACGUGGUGGACCUGAGCGUAGCGGUGAGCACAGCCAACGGUCUUAUCACGCCCAUAGUGUUUAAUGCCCACACCAAAGGACUGGCUGCCAUCAGCUCUGAUGUGUCAACUCUUGCUGCCAAAGCAAGAGACGGGAAAUUGCAGCCACACGAGUUCCAGGUGUGACGCAUUAUCUGAUCCUGAGUUUGAGUUUCAAUCAGAAAGCUAUGAUGUAUGUGAUUACUUAUUUAAUCAGGAAAUCAAAGCGGCUGACCUUAUUGUAUGUGGGUUUUGUUAUCACCAGGGAGGUACAUUCACCAUCUCUAAUUUGGGAAUGUUUGGCAUCAAGAACUUUUCAGCGAUUAUUAACCCUCCUCAGUCCUGUAUCCUCGCCGUUGGAGGCUCAGAAAAACGCCUGAUGCCUGCUGAUAAUGAGAAAGGGUUAGUGUCAUUACUACAAUGCAGCUGUAAAUACUGCAUCUUUUAAAGAAAAAAAAUCAGAGUCCAUGUUUUGGUUUUGCAGGUUCGAUGUGGCCAACAUGAUGUCUGUGACGCUGAGCUGUGACCACCGGGUGGUAGACGGAGCGGUCGGUGCACAGUGGCUCGCAGAGUUCCGCAAGUUCCUGGAGAAACCUGUCACCAUGCUGUUGUGAUUGGACUGUACUGCUGUGAAAAAAAAACAAAACACUGCAGCAUCAGGCUCAGGCCUCUCACUGAAGUGAUCUGAUUCGUAUAAAACCAGUCCAGAUCCUCCUGUGAUUGGCCGGCCUGCAACCAGGUCACUCCCAGAUACCCUGAAAAGGAGAGGCAGAACUCACUCCGCUUACCUGUCUGUCUCUCUGGUCUGCCUCUCUCUCCUCAAGUUCUCUCUCUUUCUCUCUCUCUCUCUCUCUCUCUCUCUCACUCGUGUUCUAUUUAUUGACGCCCCUUCUCAUGACAGACCAGAAUUAGGCAUACUUUAUCCUAGAAUAGAGACUGGCUAUAAGUCACUUAAACAGUGAUGAUGUUUUGCAAAGGGAAGUGUUACAUGUCCAACCAGCGAGCAAAUUAAUCACAACACCUACUGGUUUGUGUGUGUUUGUGUUUGUCAAACUUUUCUCACUGAGUUUGUGUGAAUGUCAUAAAGACAGCAGGGAUUGCAGCUGAUUGCAGGUUCCAGUCUUUGGGUACAGGGAUGUGAUAUAUAUAUUUUGGUCUGCUUGCAGGCAAGAGAACGGCUUUAAAUGAAAGUGAACCUUAAGAUACACACAAACCAGAUCUACACACUCACACAAACCUUUCCCUGUUCAGUGGACUAACACAUACAAUGAAAUAUUAAGUGUGUUUUUUGUGGGUUGAUGCUACAGUGUGUAUACUUCUCACUGUGGCUGCGCUGUAAAUACAGAGGUAUUGGUUGGAAUAACAAAGCUCUGACAAGGCCUUGGUAAAUAUUGAAGAUCUGUACAGUCCAAAAAUGACAGUAAACGCUCCCAAAGGAAGUGCUGAAUAGUUUUAUCCAACUCACUCUCUCUUCUGUGAGGAUGUUUUAUCGUUCUCAUUCUCAAAGUAAAACACUCACCUUCGAAAUAUCCUGUAUUUCACGGCUGAAACGCACAAAGCUGGUGCUGGAUGUUAUUUGUUUGUUUUGAAUAAAUUGGGAGGUCAACCUUGA